AUGUCUAUUAGAUACAACCUCAGACGUCGCCCGCCGGGCACGGAGGUUCUCUCGGCCGCUCAGCCUUCGGUACCAGGUAGCCCUCUUACUGGGACCGAGUCCCCUACCGGUGGUGUCAGCCCCGGAACCGAGCGCGGUGUCCCCGCCUCGGGUUCCCAGUCCUCCGCUAUUGUAGCUGGGCUGGUGACUGCAGACGCAGAUGCCCCGAGGGCUUUAAACUCUCCCGUUUCCGACGCCGGCGAGGGCGUUCGGAAGUAUCCAGUGACCGUCGAGGACGGCUCUGACGACGACGGCGGCCCUUGGAUUCCAGUCCAACGGCGUCGCCGUGCUCGCAGUGCGGACGCCGCUCCGCCUGCUCGAGAUCCCGUCACUGCGCAGGACGGCCCCGUACUCACUUCUCCUCAGCGGACGGCCGUUGAUACGGCCGCCGCGAGCCUUACUUCAGCGGAACGGGACCGCUAUUCCCGCCGGAUGGCAGCGGUCGAGACGACUCGCCCGCGUUCCCUCUCUCCCGAGCAUCGGGGUGAGGGUCCCUCUCGGGACAAGGGGAAGACCGUGGAUGCACGGAACUGGGGUGCCUCGGGCAUCCCAGACGAUGAGCUAGACCCUAACGCGCAGAGGCGCGAGCUGCAGUUGUAUAGUACUGGGCAUCACAAUAUAUUUGAUAACUAUGAUACAGACGAGCAGCGUGCCAUGCUGGAGUAUUGCCAAGCUCGAAAGCAAGGGCGGAAGGACUCAGAAC